AUGUCGGCGCUUCCGUCACGUGCGCACGAAAACAACAAUACGGCUCAGCUAGCCGCCCAAUUCAACGAAUUCUACCUCAACAUGACGCUGCCUGAGGUGUCGCAGAUAGGGAACUACAAGAUCGUGGAGGAGAUUGGCGAGGGCGCUUUUGGCAAAGUGUACUUGGCUCGCCACGUCUUGUUGAACGUCAAUGUCGUGCUUAAAUGCGGCCUCUUGGACGACCCGAACAUCGUCAGGGAAAUCUACUACCACCAGCAGCUCAAGAACAAGAACAUCGUCAAGUUGUACGAGGUGGUCAAAACGGAGCUGCACAUCUGGAUGGCGCUCGAGUACUGUGAAGGUGGGGAGCUUUUCUACUACAUCUACGAAAACAGGCGUUUGGACAUCGAGGUGUGCAGAAACUUGUUCUACCAAAUAGCCAGUGGCAUCAAGUACGUGCACUCGUUGAACUUGGCCCACAGGGACCUCAAGUUGGAGAACAUCUUGUUGGCAGACAAGCGGAAGCUGAUUGUCAAAUUGACCGAUUUCGGCUUUGUCCGCGAGUUCAAUCCGUACAAGAGGCUGCUCUUGUCCACUGUGUGUGGCACCACCGCCUACAUGGCGCCUGAAAUGCUCAAAACAGAAAAGUAUUCGGGUUUUGCCGUGGACAUCUGGUCAAUGGGUGUCAUUCUCUACGCCAUGGUGUACGGCGAACUACCGUUUGACGAUGAUGACGACAUGCAGAUCAAGCUCAGGAUCGUCAAUGACGACCCCAUUGUACGAACGGAGAACGUCGACCCUUCCGUGGUCGAGCUCAUACGAAAAAUGUUGAACAAAGACCCGGCCGCCAGGCCCAGCAUCUCUGAGAUCCUCAAUUCGUCCUUCAUUAUCGACCUCACCAACGAGCAUCUGGAGCGCAGAAACUCCUCCUUCAACGACACCGAGUCCAUCAUUUCCAUCAACCAGCAUUACCGCCAGAAUAAGGUCCCCUUCCAAACGAAGAUCGAGCGUGAGCUUUUGAAACGACUUGAAAAGCUCAACAUCGACACGGAUCUUCUCCAGGCACUGGUCCUCCAGGGCCACACCAACACGCUAACUGCAUUUUACGAGCUCGGACUCACGCGAGAGUUUAAGAAGAAAAAAUAUAAGCUUAAGCGGAGGCGAUAUUCCGAGGCGAAGCGGCAGAUCAAAAAGUCCAGAAAGAGAGUCCGCAGUGCACUUUCGCUUCCUGAUCAGAACUCAGGCACGCAGCCUCUUGAAAAGAUCAUUUCCACAUUGAGCAUCAACUCCAAUCGAGUGAACCCAGACCAGGCCAGCAUCUCACGACGGUCCACCGAGGAGUAUAGAAGACUGAACCCCAGGGCGUCUUACAAUAAGAGACUUUCUCGAAGACCCCUGGAUGCCCUGACCAGUCAGAUACCACAGACACCUGGAUCUGUUGGAAACGACAGUUCUUUGCAAACAACGGGUCGUAUUCAUCGGCAGGUAUCCUUCACCCCAGACGAUCGAAGAUCCACCCUCAGCUACCAAGCCUCGAAUGAUCAACAGAUGGGCAAGGGUAAGAAGAUUCUCAACAAACUUCAAUUCUGGAAGAAGGGCCAAAAGGACAAGGACGAUACAAGCAACUUGACUCCUUCUGCGGACCAAAGCGAUGGAGAUCCAGGAAUCUUGGAAAUCAACAUCCCCAAUAAGCACGUUCCUGAAGGCACGCAGGCGAUGCCUCGGACUUCUAACAGCCCUCCUAGGGCUGUCGAGGAAGAUGGAACAGGUGUGGAUCCUCUUGCUACAACUGAAGACAAUGGCACAUACCAACCUGGCAACGAAAUCCAACUCCAAGGUCCCGCUGAGAUUCAAAUCUUGCACGAUUUGGGUCACCAUCGCCAGGCCUCGAGCCAAACGUCCAAUACCAAUAAUACUGUAUCUUCCUUAGGGGAAGUUGCCGAUAGGACGACCAACUCACUCAACCAUGAUAGCAUCUUAUCGUCCGGCAGAAGACAGAGACCAGAGUCUAUGGUCUCACAAAUCAGUCAGUUCUCGCAACUGAGCCAGCCGUAUCCCAUGUCUGAGUCCGAACUCGAGAUGAUGGACGGCACGGACAUGGACGAAGAUUAUUACGACGAUGAUGGAAUCUACGAUCUGUCCGUAAACAAUUCCCAGCAAGAUCUAUUGCACAGCAAACUUCACUCAUCAAGCAUGACGCCGUCGACUUCCACGAACCUGAAGAAGAAGCGGCCUUCUACCAGCAGAAUGGCUUCCGAUACACUGAUCAUGACCACAAGCACACAGGCCACUGGCCAGCAGGGCCGCAGCAAGAAACACUCGCUAUCCCAGGUUUCCAGUAACUCAUCGGACGACAGUGAACUGAGAUCAAAGUUCACAGAAAACUCUUACUUCACUGAUAGACCGCUGCUGCCUCGUCUGAAGCAGACGUUUUUCAGAAAUGGAGCUCACCCUUCGCUCAGAGGGCCUCGUCAAACAUUCAAGCUUUCACCUUCUCCUGGAGUUCAUACCCCAGCGCCGGUCACGCCUAUUCCCAGCAACGGUAUAGGUCGGUCUCCAUCACCGCCAAUUUUCAAGAAGUUCAAUACCAUGAGCGGUGUCGUCAAGCCCGUGAAGAAUAUAUUGGAUCCAAAGAAGCCUGACAAUUCUCAGAACAAAUGGCUGGCGAAUGGAGACCAGUCUAUUGGUGAUCAGCGCUGGAGACACGAGACUGGGGCUCCCUCGAGAAUAUACGAGAGACAGGCCAUUAUUACGGAGGAGGAUGAAGAAGAAGAUGGAUCAUAG